AGUACAGUCAAGGUCCUGGAACCUAUCCCUGUUUGUUACAUUGUAAAGUGGGUCCCCUUUAUGCCAAUUUGAGUUAUGCACCAUUUUCUAGGAACUCACGUACAGCAUAAAGGAAGGGAAACCUGUACUAAAAGUCACCAAACCACCCAGCGGGCUGGCAGUGGGCUGCCCUGUCGGGGAGGGAGACACCCUGGGACCUGGAGGGGUGGUUGGCGGCAAACCAAGCCAGUCCUUUCCCACACUUGGCUCACUCUGCAAGUCAGGUAUGCUCUUGUUUUAUACACUGCUCUCUCAAAGGGAGUGGGGUCCUCAGGCUACUUGAUGAAUCUUACAGGAUGAAUCCCAGCCUGGCCUGUCUCUUCCUCCUGGUCCCCCUCCUUGCAUGACAGCUGUUCCAGCAGAGCCAGAUGUUUCCAGUACAGUGUGUGAUGCCACUUUGGCAGUGGCAGAACCUGGCCCUAGAAAGUUCAUGUUCAGUUAUAAUUCGGGCAGACUGACAGUGUUCUUCUGAGGAAUGCAAGGGAGAAAAAGGCAGUGUUGAUAGUGUGUUCAUAUGUUUUGCAAAAGCUAAAUGGAAUUUCAUGGGACAAAGACAAGGCCCUUCUCUAGCCUAAGGGUGUUCAGGCAGCUGAAUGCUGUAUCCCUGCUGCAAACAAUGUUUGUUAUAAGCUUGUUAUACUACAAGAAAGCUUUUUCCAAUAAGCAUGUUAUAGUAGACAGCUGUCUGCAGUGCUAGUGCCAUUUCCUUCCCUGGGGAGAAUGCUGUGUUCAGCCACAAUUAACCUUUAUGGUAUUUCUUUCUUCUGUGACCAAGCCACAGGUGGUGCUCUUCCUUCCCCAACAUACAUGACUCAGAGGAAGGAGCUGGAUAGGUGGUCCAAAUAGCCAUAUCUGCCAUAUGUGCACAACAUGCAAACCCCAGGAACAUGUACACUUCUUCCCUGGCCAGUUUCAGCAAGCACAGCCCCAGACAAGGUCCCUGAGCAGGGGCCAGUGACCUCUGUGGCAAGCUGGCUGAAGGUGGUGGUGAGAGAUACGUUGAGCCCCUUCUCCCUGUCACUACCAUCCAGGCAUGUGAGCCUGCUCAGCCAGUACUUCUGCUUCUGGAAGGUACAGUGGGACAUGCUGCACAGCAUCCAUCUCUCGCUGCAGCUCUAUACUGACAUGUUCUUCUACUGGGCCCAGAACCUGCUCCUAGGAUACAUGCUGUUGCUGCUGCUUCUGUGGGAGUUUUCCAAGAAAGCCCAGAAAUGUGUUCAGAGGCAGAUGUUGCUCAGCUUGUGGGCACUGGAGAGACAGCUCAUCACCACACAGAUGCUGCUGAAGAUCUGCUACUUCCACCUGAAGAGUCUGCUGGACCUGGUCACCUGGGGACCGGCCUACUUAAUUGCCUGGGUCACUUGCCUUGUGUCCUGGUGUCUGCAAGCUGCCUUUGAGCAUACAGUCAGGGUGGCUGGUGUGGAGGAAGAGAAGGCGGCCCUGGAGGUGGAGCAGUACUAAAGGAGAUUUCUUUCCUGGUAGAGGAAGAACUAGUCUAAGUUCUUUCUUUUAGUGAGUUUUAUAAACCCC